AUGGCGGUGCUGGUGAUGAGGAACGGUGCUGAGGUUCUUAAAGCUCAUCCUGAAGAAGGUCCGAGUCGAUUGCCUGAGCCAGUGGUUCAGAAGGUCCUGCAGCAGGUUGGAGCUGCUCAUCACUGCUGCGAUCGUGGAGUUCUUCACCAUGACAUCAAGCCUGAGAAUGCUCUGAUCAAGCCGGACAUGCUGGAGGUGAAGUGGAUCGACGCUGGCUGUGAGGAGUCGCUAACGGAGCUCCACACGAGCGAUGCAGGCACUCCGGCUUACUGGCCUCCUGAGUGGGUUCUCCACAGAGAAGAUUGUGGAGUUCCUGCUACUUGGAGUCUGUGUGUUCUCCUGAUAGAUCUGUUCUGUGGAGACUCGAUCUUUAUUAACGAUGAGGAGAUGGUUCAGGGGCAUCUUCUGCUCCUUCCUGAUCUGCCCGAUGAGUGCGGCGAUCUGAUAACGUGGUGUCUGGAACAAGACCUUAAAUUUCAGCCAACUUUCAAGAAAAUCCUGAACCACGAGAGGUUUACGGAGGGACGUCAGGACACGGUCCAGCACCUCCUUUACAGCACCUCCUCUACAGCACCUCCUCUACAACACCUCCUCAACAACACCUCCUCUACAGCACCUCCUUUACAGCACCUCCUCUACAACACCACCUCUACAGCACCACCUCUACAACACCACCUCUACAGCACCUCCUCAACAACACCUCCUCGACAGCACCUCCUUUACAGCACCUCCUGUACAACACCUCCUCUACAGCACCACCUCUACAGCACCUCCUCAACAACACCUCCUCUACAGCACCUCCUCAACAACACCUCCUCAACAACACCACCUCUACAACACCUCCUCUACAGCACCACCUCUACAGCACCUCCUCUACAACACCUCCUCUACAACACCACCUCUACAACACCUCCUCUUCAGCACCUCCUCUACAACACCUCCUCUACAACACCUCCUCUACAGCACCACCUCUACAACACCUCCUCUACAACACCUCCUCUACAACACCACCUCUACAACACCUCCUCUACAGCACCUCCUUUACAGCACCUCCUCUACAACACCUCCUCAACAACACCACCUCUACAGCACCUCCUCAAGAACACCUCCUCUACACCACCUCCUCUACAGCACCACCUCUACAGCGCCUCCUCUACAGCGCCUCCUCUACAGCACCUCCUCAACAACACCUCCUCUACACCACCUCCUCUACAACACCUCCUCGACAGCACCUCCUUUACAGCACCUCCUCUACAACACCUCCUCAACAACACCUCCUCUACACCACCUCCUCAACAACACCACCUCUACAGCACCUCCUUUACAGCACCUCCUCGACAACACCUCCUCUACAGCACCACCUCUACAGCACCUCCUCUACAACACCACCUCUACAACACCACCUCUACAACACCACCUCUACAGCACCUCCUUUACAGCACCUCCUCUACAGCACCUCCUCGACAACACCACCUCUACAACACCUCUACAGCACCUCCUCUACAGCACCACCUCUACAACACCACCUCUACAGCACCACCUCUACAGCGCCUCCUCAACAACACCUCCUCUACAGCACCUCCUUUACAGCACCUCCUCUACAACACCACCUCUACAGCACCACCUCUACAACACCACCUCUACAGCACCUCCUCAACAACACCUCCUCGACAGCACCUCCUUUACAGCACCUCCUGUACAACACCUCCUCUACAGCACCACCUCUACAGCACCUCCUCAACAACACCUCCUCUACAGCACCUCCUCAACAACACCUCCUCAACAACACCACCUCUACAACACCUCCUCUACAGCACCACCUCUACAGCACCUCCUCUACAACACCUCCUCUACAACACCACCUCUACAACACCUCCUCUACAGCACCUCCUCUACAACACCUCCUCUACAACACCUCCUCUACAGCACCACCUCUACAACACCUCCUCUACAACACCUCCUCUACAACACCACCUCUACAACACCUCCUCUACAGCACCUCCUUUACAGCACCUCCUCUACAACACCUCCUCAACAACACCACCUCUACAGCACCUCCUCAAGAACACCUCCUCUACACCACCUCCUCUACAGCACCACCUCUACAGCACCUCCUCAAGAACACCUCCUCUACACCACCUCCUCAACAACACCUCCUCUACACCACCUCCUCUACAACACCUCCUCGACAGCACCUCCUUUACAGCACCUCCUCUACAACACCUCCUCAACAACACCUCCUCUACACCACCUCCUCAACAACACCACCUCUACAGCACCUCCUUUACAGCACCUCCUCGACAACACCUCCUCUACAGCACCACCUCUACAGCACCUCCUCUACAACACCACCUCUACAACACCACCUCUACAACACCACCUCUACAGCACCUCCUUUACAGCACCUCCUCUACAGCACCUCCUCUACAGCACCUCCUCGACAACACCACCUCUACAACACCUCUACAGCACCUCCUCUACAGCACCACCUCUACAACACCACCUCUACAGCACCACCUCUACAGCGCCUCCUCUACACCACCUCCUCAACAACACCUCCUCUACAGCACCUCCUCUACAGCGCCUCCUCUACAGCACCUCCUCUACAACACCACCUCUACAGCACCUCUUCUACAGCACCUCCUCAACAACACCUCCUCUACAGCACCUCCUCUACAGCACCUCCUCUACAGCGCCUCCUCUACAGCACCUCCUCUACAGCACCUCCUCUACAGCACCACCUCUACAACACCACCUCUACAACACCUCCUCUACAGCACCACCUCUACAACACCACCUCUACAGCACCUCCUCUACAGCACCACCUCUACAACACCACCUCUACAGCACCUCUUCUACAGCACCUCCUCUACAGCACCUCCUCUACAGCACCUCCUCGACAUGAAAUGGGAAGAGUAA